GCAUUUUGAUCAAAGAUGUACUGGUGUUAAUUACGAUGGUGAAUACCUAAGCGUGUAGACUAUGAGCAAAACGGCAACAAAAUAAAAAUAUUUGUUUUUUAUGGAUAAAAACUUGAAAUUUCAUAUGAUUGAUUCAGACAGUAUAGAAUUAUUCAAUUCAUUAUCACCAACCAAAAGUAGAUCAACUGAAAAGAAUAAACUUAGAAAUAGUACAUUUGGAAAAGAUCUCUAUUCAAUAGAUCAACUGAUUACAAGUAGUAACGCUAGUAGUGGAUACUGGGAAGAUUGUGAUUCACUUGUUACAAGUGAAUAUGAUGUUUUUGGAUUGAAUUGGACAACUUUUCAUCAAAAUGAUAGAAUAAAAUGCAACAAAUUGAAACAUCGACCACUGCCAGAUGCGACUAAUCAUUCAUCACUAGUUAGAACUCGAAGUUUUCAUGUAAAACCAAACGACUACAUCAAUAAAAAUUCAUAUGAACAGUAUACUAGAGAUCAUCAUUCAGAUUCAAUUCUCAAUACUUACCGUGAAGAUAUACAACUUGCAACAAACUCUCAAAAUAAAGCAGUUAUUAAUAUACGGCAGUCAUCGUUAGAAGAUAAUAAUCAUCUAUGUAUACCAAAUGAUUCACUGAGUGGAUUUGAUUCGAUUGAAUCCGAUUUUUUAUUUUGUGAAAAAAGUUGUUCAUCUGUAAAUAAUAUUCAAUCAUGUCAGAGUAUUUCCUCUGAAGUACAGAAUGUUGAAGAAAAAACGUUUAAAUACCUAAACGAAUGGGAUGAUAGUGGAGAUGAAGAUAUUAUAAAAGGAGCAGAACCAAAAACUAAAUUUGAGGCUGCGUUAAGAAGAGCUGAAGAAAAAAAUAAAAAACGAAUGGAACUGAUAACUUCUAAAGACUUUUCAACAUCAGAUAAAAAGAUGCCUGAAUGGGGUUCACCUAUUCAAAGAAGGAAGAAUGCUGAUCAAAGUAGAUUUAUGGAGUGUUCUCUUUCAUUAGAUAUUCCGGUGAGCAAUAGCAGUUCUCCGAAAAUAAGUAAACCUUCUGAUCUUUGCCGCGAAGUUGAAGAAUGGUUGGAAUCGAGACCAUCGUGGAUUGACCAAAAACAUCAGAAAAAUAAUCCAGCGUUACAAAUUUGCUUUUUAAAUAUAUCUGAACAAAAUUUGUUCUCUUCAAUGGAAGCAAUAGUUGAUGAGCCUUAUUUGGACAAUAAUGAUUAUAGAACUGAACAAAAUAAUAUAGAAACUAAUUUAUUUCCAACUGUUAACUGUAUUAAAACAAAUGAUAGUAUUCAAACAAUUAGCUCAUUUAAUGACAAUGAAAUUAGUUUGAAUAGUAUUGAAGAUUAUGAUGAUAAUUCACAAAGACUAGCAUUGAAUGGUAAUUCAUCUUUUGUAAAUCAUAAAAAUGAAAAGAAUCGUACGAAUUCAUCAAUAUCUGGAAGAUCAUCUUUAUUGUUAGCUUUUGAAUCUUCGGUUAAUUUAAUUGAUUUAUUGAAUGAGAUUAAUAUGUAUUAUGAACGAUUAUUAGAUCAAUGUAGACAGGAUUGUUUUGAUGCACGAUCUGUUGUUUAUUUACAAGAAUUAAUAAAGAACCAUAAACGAUUUCAAACAGAAACACAAAUUGCUAUUAUUCAGGUCCCAAAAAUAUCCGCAAUGCAAGCAGAAGUUGAACGUACAAAGAUUUCAUCGAUAACUCCAAAUAUAGCAACAUUACUUCGAGUUGAUUUCAGGAAGUUUCAAAUAUCCAAAGAAGAAUUAAUUCAAUUCUCUAUUUCUCAAUUGAAAGUUAUUAUGAAUGAUUUGCAUUCUAGAAUCGAAAGUCUAAACAAUUCUCUCAUGUUAUCAUUAGUCGAAAGAGAUGAGUUGCACCUAGAACAAGGCGGUAAAUUAAUUGCUUUAGAAGAUAUCAAGUCGACGGAGAAAAGAUUGAUUAAAUUUGAGCUACAUUUGAUUGAUUCGAUCCUGAAGGAAAUUGCAGGACAGCUGAGAUGUUACCUGAUAUUUUGAUUGUUAACUUCGACUGUGAGUUAUUUAAGGUAUAUUUGGGUAGCGUAUAGUGAUAUGUUCAUUGAUUUAAUUUCUUUAAUUACUUUGUUUUCCAAGCAUUUUGAGCGAUACUAUAUGGCUGCGACAUUCAUAUUUAAAUUACAUUUUCUGCCUAGAUCCUUUUUGUGUAAAUAUGAUUUCGCAGAAUAUUAUGCUAUCAAGAUAUUAGUGUUCUCACUACUUUUAGUUGAGAAAUUUUAUGUUUUAAGUUAAAUCAGUACAGGAAAUAUUUUUAUUUAUUUAUAAUUAAAUGAAUAGUUUUAAUAAUGAUUCAGCCUGAUAUAAAUAAUAACGAUAAUUUGCGUCCAGUAGAGGAUUCUCACCACAAAGUAUAAAUAUUUUUAAUAAGUUCCUGUUUAACGAGCACCGUAAUUUCUAAGGUUUGGAAGUUAACAUAAAAAUAACUUUUCACAAGGUAAGCAUUAAUCAAUCUACCUCAAACACAAAAAAGUUUAACAUGAUGUACCGUGUAUGUCUAAUAAAAUAUUUUACAGCAUUUUUUUGUCAUACUUUACACAUAUGAAUUCCGACGUCAUUUCGUGUUGUCUCUUCACAUGGCUCAUCAAAAAUAGAAUGAUGAGUCUGUGUUGUAAGAAUCAUCAUCAACAUCACUUCAUGUAGAAAAAGAGAAAUUUUAAAGAAUUAACGUGUCAAAUAACGUAGAUCACCUUUAUAUGAUUCAGGAUUAUAGAAAUAUCAAUAUAAAUUAACAGUUUACCAUCUGCAAAGUAACAAAACAUUUAAAUUCCAAUAAAGAAAUAUACAACAAACUGUUAUGAUCACAUAUCGCUUAAAGACAAAAUGUGACUAUAUCCAGUAGAAUCAUAUAACUUUUUAUAUUUCCGACCAAUAAAUCUAUCAUUCAACUGUUCUACAUUCAUUUUACAGCUUGUCUAGAAAAGAAAAAAAAUAAAAACACGAAAAAUUCAUCUCCCUCUCAAAAAACAAAAAUAAAAUUAAAAUUAAAAUAAAUAAAUGCGUAAAUAAAAAAGUAAUUUAAACAAUGAGUCAGUUCUUAAAAAAAAAAGAAGAAUAAAUGAAAAUAAAAUAAACAAUGGAUAAUUAAAUCAUCACCUGUUUAAUUUCACAUGGAAAUUUAAAAAAGAAACAAUAUGGGAAUGAUUUAAACAAAAGCUUUCUUUACCUAAUAAAAUAAAAAUGCAACUAUGAUGUAUGCGAAUAAGUUUAAUUGGAUUAUUUAUAGUUAGUAGUUUAUAUAUAUAUAUAUAACUUUAUUCUUGUUUACUAACUAAUUUGUACAGCUCAUUAUAAUGUUGAUUUACUCCUUGUAAACAAUUCUUCAAAUCUAAAAAAAGAAAAAACAAAAAGUGAACAAAAUAUUUUCUUCAUUACUAUUUAUAUUCAUUGUUAUUAAGUCUUUAUUAUAAUGGAAUCUGUUGAUUAUUAUUAUUGAUGAAGAUAUUGAAAGUUUUAUGAACAGAAUUAUUCAUGUAAAUGAAUAGAUGGAAAAGAGUGAAGACUAGAAAUAUUUAAUAAUCAGAAAAGGUUUUGUGGAGAAUGUAAUAAACUGAUAGUUGGAUUCAUAAGUCACUAUAGAAAACCUGGAAGCAUUGGAUGGCCGUUACGUCCGUUUGUGAGACUCCUUAGUAGUGCGUAACCACCAUUCCGCCCCUCGAAAUUCGAACCUAAGACCAAUCAGUCUUCACAAAACCACUUCUGGUAAUAAUCAUCUGCUCACUAAUGACUGGCUUCAAGAGGCAUUUCCUGGAGUUCUAGUGAGAAGCAGUGACCAGUGGAGUUCAACCAGGUCUGUUGUGAGAUAUCAGCUCACUGAAGACAAUGGUGUACGGUGGCGCAAUUUCAUGGAUUAGUUGAAGUUAGAAAUUAACGCCGUUGAAUGCCGGCUCAGUGGUCUAGAGGUUAAGUGUUUAUGCGCGAGACUGAUAGGUCCUGGCUUAGAAUCUCGUGGGGGUGGGAUCGUAGAUGCGCAUUGCUGAGGAGUCUAAUACGAGGACGAAACGGCUGUCCAGCACUUCCAGAUUUUCCAUUGUUGUCUAACUUCAAUUGACUUAUGAUUUAACUACUGGAACUUAAACAUGUUUAAAGUUUUUCGUGUAUGAGGAAUAAAUUCAUUAAAUGUAAUUUGUAAUAUACAUCAACAUAUUUCUAUUCAGAGAUAUGAGUUUAAUUCACCAUCUACGAGAUCAGAAUGUUCUGGAUUCAGUUCAUGUUAGAAUCAUAGAUAUGUACUGAAGAGAAAUUUCACACUAGAACAAAUUAAAUUUUAAGAUUAAUUUGUAAUCAAUGAUUAUUUAGUGACUGUCAUUCCUUGUAGAUCAUUUUCAAAUCAAGAUAAUUUUUUUGUCAAGAUAAUGAUGCAUUAAUUUUGAAACUUUGUGAUAUAGAAUGGAAAUUUAUAUGAUAUUAUACCGAUUUAAUGAUUUUUUAUUAAUAUGCAAUCGGUAUAUCCCUCACUAUAAUACUAUUAUUAUUCGUUAUACAAAAUGUCAAAAAGUAAAUUUCAUACUCUUCAAAGUACCCAUCAUUAAUGGAAAAACUCAUGUCUGAUCACUAUUUCCAUCCCUUAAAAUAUCCCUGGAAGUCUUCAGUUAUUAUGAUCUUCAACCCUCUCGUUGUUUAAAAUGUUUUUGUC